GCGUUAAAACACAUGUUCAGCGUUUUGUGCGGGAGUGUAAACUAAUCUGGAAGAGCAGCCACAGCAACAACAAGAGAAACAACAACAACAACAACAACAGCAUCAUCAACAGCAGCAGAAAAUUUUAACACGUUGACGGGUUUUCCUACUAGUGUUUAUCGCGAGCGGAAAAGCUUAAUUAGCGCGUACUAGCGAGACCCCGAAAUCUUUUUUCCUCUGGGCCUUUACGUCUUUGAGUCUUUGAGUGUGCGUGCCAAAAUUUAAAUACGUCAUCGACGCGCGCAGCCUUAAAACAGCGAACAAAAAAAAAUAAAAAGAACUGAUACACACACACACACAGCCGAGGGAAAUAUUGAAAUCAAUUGCAGGAGCAAGCAAACAAAAGUUGAACAAAUUGAGGAAAAAAGUUCCAUAACAACAGAGCAGCAAUUUGAAUUAAUUAACUUGUUAUUGUGUAGCAGCAUUUCUGCUUAUUUGCCAUUCGCCACGAAGCGCGGCCACACAAAAGAACGUGCCAAACAGCUGAGACGAGACUCAAACGGAGAGUAACGGAACGUCGAGCAACAAGUGCAGCGAUAGCAGCAGCAGCAACAACAACAACACAAAGCCCUUUCAAUUGAAAGAGAGAGAAAGCCAAGCGCUAUACAUACAUAUGUGUGUGUGUGCACUGCAAUAAAAACACGAGUACAAACGGCAGUUUGUUGUUGCCACAAUCAAUUAGAGUGAUAGCAGCGGGCGGCAGAGGAAAAAGCAGCGCAGCAGCAGCAUCCGCAUCAAUUGCUGGCAGCAGCAGAGCAUCACGGGCAGCAUCUUCGGGCUUCGGCUUAAUUCCGAAAAGUGUCACUGUGAGCGUAGUUGCUCCCGAUCCGCGUUCCGCCUCCGUAAUCGCAAGUGCUUGUUGUUAUUGCCGGACUCGUCCGCCGCCAUCCGCGAUCUGGGAUUCUUUCGUUGUAUUUGUAGCGCGCCGUCGUCUUGAUUGGAACAACGCUCCGUAGUACAUUUUUCGUAAUUCUUCAUUUUUUUUCCUACUGAUUCCGAACCGAAACUGGUGUAUCUGUAGUUUCCCGCUAACGGCGAAAAUUCACACAACUCAUUGAUAUUUUAACCUCGUGUCCGCGUUGGCUGCCGCUCGACCAAGGUUCUGCCGCACAAAAUGCUCGUCUCUUUGGGCUUUUCGAAGCCUCGCUUCGUCGGACUAAAAGUGCUCCUCUAGCACGCUGAAAAACACAAGUCCGGCCAAUCCUAAAAAAAACAAGGAAACCUACAAAAAAACCCAAAACUAUCUAUACAACCCAUUGAAUUGGCAGCCAAAGUUAUCACCACCCACCGUGCACACCGUUAUCGUUAUCGCGUUAAACAGAAUCCACAAGAUAAAAACAACGUUCCGUUCCGUUUCGUCGUAAAUACAGUGCUAAAUCGUGUGAACACAGCCAUCAACAAAAAAACAAAAACUCCCUAAUUCGCCUAAUGAAAGACGAGAGCAUUUUUUGUGUGUGAAUAAUUAGCCCCGAAAAAAAACCAGUUCGGAGCCGCAAAAAAUUAGGCCCGCAAUAAAAAAAAAAGUGACGAUCCAAGAAACAAACUGGCAUCUCGCCCCGCUUGAUAUAUAACACCCCAAUACAAACGCAGAGCCCGCGAUAACACCCAUACUAGAAAAAGAGCGAAAAUCCAAUCCAGCGAAUCAACUUCACAGUAACGUCGCAAACUCAGUGCAAGCCAGAGCUAAAUCGUCGAGCAAACCGAGUAGUUGUGUCUAAAAGCGUUCCAAGUCGCGCCGAAGAGUUAUAACCAAAAGAAAGUAACACCACCCCCACUAAAAAUCUCGUCAUCAGUGAUCAGUCUUCAGCGCCAAUAACUGCGAAAUAAUGUCAGCCUUCUGACAGUGUCCUGAAAAAAGAGAAUAAGGAAAUACAAAAGUUACAUAACUAACUUUGAAAAUCCAAACCAAUCCAAUUUUUUUACGCAACCGAAACCACACAAGUGUCCCUAGCUUCAACUGCUAAUUGGAAUGUCGCAUAUCUGACAGUGACCAAAUAAAAAACGACGAAACCCAAAAGCUACCCCCCCGAAAUAAAUCCGAAAAGAACUCAAACAGCGAACUAACUUCAAAAGCGUCGUGAGGAAAUCGCCCAGGAAAACUACCAAGAAGCCCUGAGUUAUCAGUGAUAUAUAUUAUAUAUUCGUUUCCAGCGUCAACAACUGCUAUAUAAUGUCCGUCGCCAUCUGACAGUGGUCCAAACAACCAGCGAAAAAGAGCUAGAGAGGAAUCACAGCAGCUAGACGACAAGUUUCACCAGAGCGAGUGAAACCUGUACCGUAGGAACCAAUCCAAAACAUUUGAACUUGCAAACCGGGCAAACCGAUUCAGAAAUAAAUGGAGAAAUCUGAAAUACGACUGCAGCGCAUGUCAAAUGAAUAUCAGUCGCAAUCGAGCUAUAUGUAUCUUCGGACCAAAAUGCUGUUAAAAAUCGAAAACACCCUACUUCGAAGCCAUCGUCAGCGCGAGACCACCGGUAUCAAGAAACUAUACAAUUCGUUUUUCGUAUUGUUUUAACUUGCCCCGGCCACCCCCGACCCUCCCAAAGGCCCC